UUCACAGUAAAACUAAAAACAGCAACGCGUGUACACUCACACAAGAUCUUAGCCACCUAUAUUUCUCACGCAUAUCUUUACUAUAAACUAGGAUCCCCGAUUAGCUCGGCAUCCUUAGGUACUUGAAACCAAUCCAAGCCAAAACAGUAUAAGGUUUUGUUUGGCAGUAGAACGAGUUUUUCCCACUGUGAAACCUUAACGUGAGAUAUCAAGAGAUAUAGAAACUGUUCUAUAUAAGGUGGUGUUUGUAUAUGGUGUUUGAAUCCACGAGGAGAAAAGGGAUGAAAGUGGACGAAGAAUUGGGUCGGGACCUCGUGGACGAGUGGAACUCCGAUGAUGAAGAAAACCAGGCCAAAACAAUAGGUGAGAAUGAGGACGAGACUGAAUCUGAGGCCACAGGUUCCUCACCAAGUCAAUCUGAUAACGCCAUGGACAUCCCAUGGCCUCAAAGCUACAGGCAGUCUAUGGACAUGUUUACAAGUGUUACCCCACCCUCCAUUAGUUUUCUAAGGGGGCCUAGCUUGACAGGAGUAAGUAGCUUUCUUUCCACAGCAUACAAGAGGCCACAGCCACAACCAUUGGAGCGUGAUUCUUCGCUGAGUAAACCUCUCAUUUCUGAAGAUCCUACCACACCACCUGUGAAGUUAUCUGCAUCUACUUACUCCAAACUUUCUAUCAGUGGAUUGCCACCACCGCAGGAGCAGUGUUCAUUUUCUCAAUCAGUCAUUAAUGGAAUCAAUAUUCUAUGCGGCAUAGGACUCCUUACAACUCCAUAUGCAAUCAAAGAAGGAGGGUGGUUGAGCCUUAUCUUUCUCGUGAUAUUCGCUGUCUUUUGUUGCUAUACUGGAGUUUUAUUGAAGGAAUGUUUAGAAAGCUCUCCUGGACUCAAAACCUACCCAGAUAUAGGGCAGGCUGCUUUUGGGUUAGCUGGUCGAUUAGGGAUAGCUAUAUUUUUGUAUGUAGAACUAUAUGCUUCUUGUGUGGAAUACAUUAUUAUGAUGAGCGAUAACUUGGCAUCAUUGUUCCCAGAUACCUAUAUCAGUCUUGCUGGAAUCCAUCUUGAAUCUCAUCAAGUUUUUGCAAUCACAUCUACUCUUAUUGUUCUUCCAACUGUUUGGCUUAAAAAUCUGAGCUUGCUCUCAUACCUUUCAGGAGGAGGAGUAGUUGCAUCAAUCCUGGUGGCACUUUGUUUAUUAUGGGUUGGAGUGGUGGACCAAGUUGGAUUUCACCCAAGUGGAACAGCUUUAGACCUCACAAACCUAUCUGUUACAAUUGGUAUCUUUGGAUUCAGCUAUGCUGGCCAUUCGGUUUUUCCAAAUAUCUAUUCUUCAAUGAAAGAACCGUCACGAUUUCCAUCAGUUUUAAUAGUCAGCUUUAUUUUUUGCUUCAUUAUGUGCACUGGGGUAGCAAUAUGUGGCUUUCUAAUGUUUGGUGACUCAAUCGAAUCUCAGUUCACUUUAAACAUGCCCAGCGAAUAUCUUGCUUCUAAAAUUGCAGUCUGGACCAUGGUUGUGAACCCACUGACAAAGUAUGCCUUGACACUGACACCCAUCACAAUGAGUAUAGAGGAACUCUUGCCUCAAGCCCAGCUUAGAUCUUACAGUGUAGUGCUUCUCAUCAGAACAAUUUUAGUAUUUUCAACUUUGGCAGUGGCAUUGACUGUUCCCUUUUUCGCUAUCGUGAUGGCAUUAAUAGGAUCUUUACUUGCAAUGUUAAUUGCUCUUAUCUUUCCAUGCGCUUGUUAUCUUAAAUUACUCAGAGGUAAAUUGACGAAGUUGAAGAUUGCAAGUUGCAUAUUGGUUAUAAGUGUGGGUUUGGUCUGUGCUUGCGUUGGCACAUAUUCAUCAAUUACAAGACUAGCUGGCAAAAUAGCUUGAUUAAAGAACAGGGCAUAUCUAUGGUCUAAUCUCGUUUCUUAUCCUGAAGAGCGGAAAACAAAUCUGCCUUAGUAAGUUCUCAACUACAGUAAAGAACGUCAACAUUUCAAUGAGAUUCAACCAACAAAGACAGAUCGGAUGAAGGAAUGUUGAUAUGCAGUGGCGCCAAGAGGAUAUGGUUUAUCUUAAGCACUUUAUAUGUGUAAUCAUUAGCAUCCAUAGAUCAAUUGUUAAUGAAAGAAUCCAACAAAAAGGAUUUGAACAUGUAUUAUUAAACGGAACUCGUGUUGUAAAAGCGGAAGCUCUCUCUUUGGAUGGGGAAUUCAACAGCUGUUGUCACCAUGUUGAUACAGCAAAUCCAUUCAUUUGAAUUCUGGUGCA